AUGACCUACGAAUCUCCGGCGCUUAGAUCAACGAUUCUUUCAAUGGCCGCAAAUCAUCUCGCAUUGACAUCGAAUGAUCCUUCGCUACACCUGCAAGGCUAUCGUUUUCAGCGUGACGCUAUUCGUGAGCUUCAAAGAAUGAUUCAAGAUCCAGUAGAAAUGGAUGUUGAGCCGGCGUUGGCCACUGUCAUGAUGAUGCAGGUAUCAGCACGACUGUUCGGUGACGACGAUGAAGCACACGUUGCGAACCAUUUGAUCGGUGCCAAAGCCAUGAUAUCAGGGCAUGGAGGGAAUAGCUGGCUUGCUUCAUCGAACGCUCGCUUUCUCGUGAGCCUGUUCGCAUAUCACGAUAUUCUCUCUUCUGUUUCGAGGGGUUCGCAACCACUGGUGGAUCACAAGACAGGUUUUACCGCCAUUGAAGGAGAAAAAGAGCUAGAAAGCAUUGCAAAGGUGCUUUUGGUAGUUGCACAAAUCAGUCAGCUGCAGCACGCCAUCAAAAAGAGAAGGGCACAAUCACCAACAAGCCCGGCUUUAUCGGAAGAUGAGAACACCACCGGUCGGCAUAUCCAGCAGACCUUGCUAGCUAUGGACUUCGUUGCAUGUAAACGGGAAAAUACCCAAGAACAUACUGAUAUUAAUUCGACGGCUGAAGCCUACCGCCAUGCCGCCUUCAUCUACCUUUACCGGACAUGGCUUGACAUAGGCGCUCCUAACCCGAUAAGCGUGGAACAUAUCAACCAGUGCCUAUCACAACUACAGCAAGUCGAUGUCUACUCACCUCUUACGUCAGCACACAUGUGGCCGCUCUUCACCGCUGGCUGCGAAGCAAUCGAUAGCACACAACGUCAAUUCGUCCGCGAUCGUUUUGAGGAGCUGUAUGCUGUAAAGCAUUUUCCAAACUUAAAACGAGUUUUGCGCGAUAUUGAACAUGUUUGGGCUGCCAAGGAUAUGGAACAGCAGACGAAGGGUCAAGUUGGUAUGGCAAAGGUUGAUUGCAUACAAGUCAUCCUAAAAGGAAGAGGGAGAGAGGUGGAUCUCGCCUGA